GCAAGAUGGCGGCGCCCCUUUGCGCGCUUGCCAGCAGAACGCAGCGCUCGGCGCGGGCUGAGCUCGCGCAGCGUCUGGCGGGGAGCCUGACCCCGAGCCUAGCGCGCGGGCAGGCGGGAGUGGGGCGGCGCUGGUGCGGCGAUGCCGCGCGACAGAAAAGCACCCAUUUCGGUUUCCAGACCGUGCCAGAGGGAGAGAAGGCGGCGCGCGUCUAUAAGGUGUUUGAAAGCGUUGCUGGCAGGUACGACCUCAUGAACGACGCCAUGAGUCUGGGCAUCCAUCGGCUCUGGAAAGACGCCCUGCUGCGUGUGAUGAACCCACAGCCCGGGCUGCGCCUGCUGGAUGCGGCCGGAGGGACAGGUGACAUCUCCUUCCGUUUCAUGGCCUACACACGCUCCGUGCAUGAGCAGAAGCUUCGCCGGAGAGCACGGUCCAAUCAGACGCCUUCGUGGCAGGACAUCACAGCCAGUUAUAGCUCAGAGGGGGCGGGGCCUCCACAGUCCAGGGCGGUGGUGUGUGACAUCAAUAAAGAGAUGCUGAAAGUGGGGAAGGGGCGGGCAGAGGAGGCGGGAAUCACCACAGGCGUGUCCUGGGUGGUGGGGGAUGCGGAGGAACUCCCGUUCGACGAGGAUCAGUUCGAUGUCUACACCAUCGCCUUCGGCAUCCGCAACGUCACCCAUGUUGAGCAGGCUCUGCAGGAAGCCUUUCGUGUUCUUAAACCAGGUGGGCGGUUUUUGUGCUUGGAGUUCAGUCAAGUCUCCACUCCACUUCUUUCCAAGCUGUAUGAUGCAUACAGUUUCCAGGUGAUUCCAGUUUUAGGUGAGGUGAUUGCAGGUGACUGGAAAUCGUACCAGUACCUUGUGGAGAGCAUCCGGAGAUUCCCAAACCAGGAAACGUUCAAAGGAAUGAUCGAGGAGGCUGGUUUCGCCCGUGUCCAGUACAUCAACUUGACUGGCGGAAUAUGUGCUAUUCACUCAGCGUUCAAACUGUGAGCGCUGCUAACAGCGCCCUCUGCUGGGUGAGCUGAGCCACUCAACUUACUGUCCCCUCGGAGAGAAGGCACUGGUCGUAGCCCAGAGCACAGGGUGCACCUUUGGAUGGUUUGGUCUCCAUGGUAAUUCCCUAAAGCCUCAGUUAUGUGUGUGACCUUGGACAGCAGAAUUUAAAAGACUUUAAUGUGAUUUUCUAAGCAUGUGUGCAUGUUUGUGUGGUGCUGGAAGUAGCAGGGGGUCAUGGGUACAGCACAUUAGGGUGCCUGAGCUGCUCUGAUGCCCCCUACAGGCUGAUGUAUGCAUUACACUACAUUUUGUUCUGUAGUUCACACCAGAAAUGACUCAAGUCUGUUCAGUUGAAUAAAACCAUAUAAUUUUCAAA